AUGGCCAUGAUGCAGGCACCGUCCAGAAAACCAACUGCAGAAACCGCUGCGGAGAGAGCUCAAUGCUCCGACUGCUGGUUGGGUGGCCUUGCUUUGCAACUGGCCAGUCCCUUUGGCUACGAUGACGUCCUUGCAAGCAAUUUUGCGUCGCUGACUUACAGCUGUAAUGUCACCGCGUACACCUACGCCACUCCAACCCAGUACGCAGUCAAUGCGACGGCAACGACUACACCCUAA